ACCGAUUUUCUUCCUCUCCCACAUCGCGUUUCCAAUUUCCUCUACGAAACCCACCAAAUUAAGAACGAGAAAGAAAAUAAAAACAAAACAAAAAUUCUCACUCCUCCUCUGCUGCUAUGUCUUCGUCUUCAUUUCCCAACCAACAAUUCUUUGGAAACUCCACCCACCUUUCCCUCAAAUGAUUUAUAGCACCCUCCACGCCCUUUUCUCCAUGUCUUCUUCCGUCGUCUUCAUCCGACAUGGACGCCACCUCCCUGCUCCGUCGCCGGCCUGAACUUAAGCCUAAAUCUGACUCCGUCAACCCCAUCCACCCGCAUCCCGUUUCCCGCUCUGGACGUCCAAUGCCCAGCAAGAAGAUGAACGGCUAUGUCAAUGGCCACGGUGGUGGCGGCGGCGGCGGCGGCGUUCGUGGUGGGGCUCCCCUUAGGGCGUCUUUCAUGACCUGGACAUUACGGGAUAUCUUGAACGUUCCUAUCUACCAUUGGAUACCCUCUGUGUUUGCCUUGGGGUUGUUGUUUUUCAUGGGCGUGGAGUACACGCUCCACAUGGUGCCACCGUCUUCUCCGCCUUUUGACAUUGGGUUUAUAGCCACGCGCCGCCUUCAUCACGUGUUGGCUUCCUCGCCUCAGCUUAAUACUCUAUUGGCUGGUCUUAAUACGGUGUUUGUUGGUAUGCAAACAGUCUAUAUUCUAUGGACUUGGCUGAUCGAAGGCCGACCCAGAGCCACAAUCUCGGCUCUCUUCAUGUUCACUUGUCGAGGGAUUCUUGGUUAUUCAACACAGCUUCCAUUACCCCAGGGAUUUUUGGGGUCGGGAGUGGAUUUUCCGGUAGGGAACGUGUCUUUCUUUUUGUUUUACUCGGGUCAUGUAGCAGGAUCGGUGAUUGCAUCUCUUGACAUGAGAAGGAUGAAGAGAUGGGAAAUGGCAUGUUUGUUUGAUGUGCUGAAUGUGCUUCAAGCUGUAAGAUUGCUGGGAACAAGAGGACAUUACACAAUUGAUUUGGCAGUUGGGUUUGGUGCUGGAUUUCUAUUUGAUUCUUUAGCUGGUAAGUAUGAAGAAACCAAAACAAGACAAAAUGGUUUUGCUUCUAGUAAUGCUUUAAAACAGGCUUUGUUAACUUAGCCAUAGGUAAAUGCUCCAUUCUUAUGAAGCAAGAAAGCCAAAAAGAAAAGGAAAAGAAAAGACAAGAAGAAGGCAAAAAGGAUUUUGUAAAAUGUCUUGUUUCAUUUUUCUUAUUUCUAAGCAGCCAUUGAUUCUGCUUUGUAAUUUGAUUUAUUGGUUUUAGUUUAAGAUGCAGGGUAAGAGUGAAUACCAUUUAUAGAAUGUUUGGCUUAAUUUC